CAGGGCCUCCGAAAAUAGCAUUAUCAAUAACAUUAUUUCAGAAAAUAACAAUAAAUUACGCAUUUCGGCGGGUUCAGCCAUCUACCGUGAUAAUUUAUUGAUGUGCUUUGUGAUAUUACAUAAUUUAUGACAGUUACCUUUAUAUAAUAAUGUUAGCGUUUUACCAGCCAUCUUCUCGCUUCCAGUCGUUCAGAAGAACUGGAAUCACUGGUUGUCUGCGUUGCUAGUUGCAGCUCAUUUGGCAGCGCUCACUUUUCAAUUUUCACUUCUCAAGCCUCCAAGACCUCAUCCAGCAUGGUUCGCGCUAUCCGCCCUCCUCGCCCUACCUACACGAACUCCCAAGUCUCGGGGUUUUACUUCCGCCCGUGUCGCGACGAGAACGACGAGGUGAUUCUCGAGUAUUUCCGUUGCCGUUGCGGCACGGUUCGGAAGCAAACCCAUAGGAACGGGUACUCCAACCUGAUGCAACAUAUCAGGCGGGAGCACCCUGACUACGAGACCGUCAUGUUCGACGCUACGACGGCGGAGACAGGCUCCCUCGUGAACUUCGUCCGCCACUCGGCGCUCAACCUCCACGGCUGGAUGGUUUGGAUUGUCAUGUGCAACCUGCCACUAUCUUUUUGUGAGAGCCGAGAAGCUCGGCGGUACGUGUAUGCAUAAGGUCAUUGUGUUUACAUUACUACGGAAACUAACAACUUUACUUUAUGGAUGUUAUUCAGCUACUCCAGCCUGGACCCCAUCUCGGAUGGGCUGGCAUGGACGGGGUCGUCGUCGCCGUCGAGCGUUCGAUUGCGUCGAAGCUCCCAGCACGCUUCGGCAUCAUGCUCGACGGCUGGACACACGCAUCUGAGCACUACAUCGCCGUGUUCGCCUGCUAUGAGGUGAACGGCUGUCCCAAGACAACGCUACUCAGCAUGGCCCCGCUGCUGGACGCGCUGGACGACGAUCUCUCCGCGCAGGGCCAUCUCGAGUUUCUAGCGACCAUGCUGCAGCGCGAUUACGGCGUACAGCUGGCGCAGUGUCGCUUCCUCGUAGCUGACAACUGCGCCGUAAACCGGCGGCUGGCAACUCUUAUGAGUGUGCCGCUUGUUGGUUGCGCAAGCCACCGCCUGAACAGCAAGGCGGACAUGGCGUCGCAUGAGGAGGACCUGGCUGCUGUGCAGGCGCUCAUGGUAAAAUUGCGUACUCUCAUCUGCCAAACUACGGUAAGCGCCAAUGUGUUGAAAACGCCACUUCGGCCUGUCAUUCGCCAGGACACGCGCUGGAGCUCUACGUUCGAGAUGGUACGGCGCUACCUCCAGCUCCUCGAGUUUCUUGACGCCGAAGACGACGACCUCAUGGACCUGCUGCCGCCGCCGGCGAUGAACAAGCGACUGCGGGCAUUGUACCAGGAGCUGUGCGACAUCGAGUCGGUCUCGAAGGCCCUUCAAGGCCACGACGUCGACCUGCUGGACGUUCGCGAGUGGUUCGACGAGCUGAUCGCUGUCAAGCCACAAUAUGGGCGCUACAUUGGUAAGUUUAUAACUGUUGAAUUUGUGUUCAAUAUUUUCACUAACAAUUGUAUAAUGGUUUUUAUUUUGCAGGGCCUCGGGCCAACAUUGUGCACAACCCAGAUUUUGAGGCUGGGUGUGUACGCGUUCUCCGCGGGAAGGCGCAGCGGCCGACGCCCCUUCGAAGCUGCCAGACCGGACGACGCGGCCGCAAGUGAAGAGGAGGAGGAUCCAGCCGCGUCGUUCGUGGAGCGUCUUCGGAAGCGCCGGUGGCUUGCACAGGACCGUGUCAAGUAUGAGCAGCUGAAGAGCAUCCCACCCACGUCGAACGUGGUGGAACGCUUCUUCAGCAUUGCUCGGGUGACGUUUGGUCAUCAACGACACGGCCUGCUGCCACGCACGCUUGAGACGAUGUUAUUUCUCCGCCAGAAUCGGUCGUACUGGGAUGCAACGACUGUGGACAAUUUGAGCUAGAUGAUAAGCUAACUGGUGUCUUGUUAAUAGACUUCAUGCUUUUCAUAAUGGCAUUAUUUAUUGUGGUACGUUGGGGGCAAUGCCAUAAUGUACUGUUGUAUUGGUAGGAGCGUCAGGGGAUAAUUUAUUCAGCAACGCCCAACCUACUAAAUGAAAAUGCCAUAUUCGGAGGCCCUGGCUUGUAGAUCUGCUGCAGCGCGACGAACAUCUACGUGAAAUGCUCCUGCUUGCGCUGCGAGGACACAAACAGCGC